GUGUGUGUGUAUGAGGGAGGGGUGUGUAGCUGUGUCUGUGUGUGUGAGACGGAGAGAGUGUGUGGUCUGUGUGAGAGAGACUGGUGUGUGAGAAAGAUUGAUGUGUGAGAGAAAGAGAGAGAAUGGUGUGCGUGAGAGGGAGUGAGAGUAAGUGGUGUGUGUGAGAGAGGGGGAGAGAGAGUGGAGUGUGUGUGUGUGAGAGAGAAGCAUUGGUAUGUGUGUGUGAGCGCCGGGGAGAGGAGGGCAGUGUUUCCCCGCCUCGUCCCACUUCUGGCCCGCUCCUGCGAAGAUUCGCUGCCCAAAUUAGGUGGCGAGGGGUGUGAGAGGGCGAGGAGGCGGCGCCGGCCGCUUGCGGGUAUAAAGCAGCCGGGCUGCGGAGUGGGAGAGAGCGGUUGACCGGGAGAAUCCUCUGGUGUCGGUGCCCGUGUCGAGGAAGCGCUCGCACCAAGGGAGCGCAGACUCUGGAGGCGACCGCGCGGUCCCGGGGCCCCUAAUGCACUACUUCAGACUCAGUUUCAAGUGUUUUGUGGAUUGUUUCUGAAGCCGGGACCGCGGGAGAGAGAGCGACGCAACUUUGCGCCGACCCAGCCGAAAUGGAGAGCCGCGACCCCCGCGGCGGCGCCCAGCACCUGUGGAAGGAGCAGCGGAGAGCGGCGCGGCCCGAGCGCCCGGCGGACUGCGAGACCGCGGGAGGGGACACCCCGGAGGGGAUGACCCAGAGGGCGACCUGGAGCAACCAGAUGGACUUCAUCAUGUCUUGUGUGGGCUUCGCAGUGGGGCUGGGCAACGUGUGGCGUUUUCCGUACCUGUGUUACAAGAACGGCGGAGGUGUUUUCCUCAUUCCCUACAUCCUGGUUGCCAUGUUUGGCGGGAUUCCCAUCUUUUUCCUGGAAAUCUCGCUUGGGCAGUUCAUGAAGGCCGGUGGGAUCAAUGUCUGGAACAUUGCACCACUUUUCAAAGGACUGGGCUUUGCCUCGAUGGUGAUCGUCUUCUUCUGUAACACGUACUAUAUAAUGAUCCUGAGCUGGGGCUCGUUCUACCUGGUGAACUCGUUCUCCACCCCCCUGCCCUGGGCCUCCUGCAACAACACGUGGAACACCGACGCGUGCUCCGAAGGCUGUGGCAUCUCUGGCGACGCCAACGUCAGCGCCUGCACCCCCCAGGGGCAGGCACAGUCCUCUAUCGUCGAGUUCUGGGAGAGGAGAGUGCUGCGGCUGUCGAGCGGACUGGCAGAGAUGGGCGAGGUCAGCUGGCAGGUGACGCUCUGCCUCGUCGCCACGUGGCUCCUCGUCUACUUCUGCAUCUGGAAGGGCGUGAAGUGCACAGGGAAGAUUGUCUACUUCACGGCCACGUUCCCCUACAUUAUCCUGACCAUCCUGCUGAUCCGCGGGGCCACGCUCCCCGGAGCUGUUCAAGGCAUCAUCUACUACCUGCAGCCUGACUGGAGCAAGCUGGGAGAGCCUCAGGUAUGGAUUGACGCCGGUACACAGAUUUUCUUCUCAUACGCCAUCGGGCUUGGGGCCCUCACCGCUCUGGGCAGCUACAACCAGUUCCACAAUGACUGCUACAAAGACACCUUCAUCCUGUCGCUGGUGAACAGCGGCACCAGUUUUUUUGCGGGCCUGGUUGUCUUUUCGAUCCUGGGAUUCAUGGCGGAGGAGCAGGGAGUGGACAUCUCCGAGGUGGCUGAGUCAGGGCCCGGCCUGGCCUUCAUUGCCUACCCGAAAGCUGUAACCCUCAUGCCGCUGCCUCAGGUGUGGGCCGCACUCUUCUUCAUUAUGCUGCUCUUCCUUGGCCUCGGCAGCCAGUUUGUGGGUGUGGAGGGAUUCGUCACUGGGAUUCUCGACCUGCUGCCUGUCAAGUGCUCCUGCCGCUACCAGAGGGAAGUUUUAGUGGCCGUCAUCAUCACCAUUACCUUCGUCAUCGACCUCUCCAUGGUCACCCAGGCCGGCAUGUUCAUCUUCCAGCUCUUCGAUUACUACUCGGCCAGUGGGAUGACGCUGCUUUGGCAAGCCUUCUGGGAGUGUGUGGUGGUGGCCUGGGUGUACGGUGGAGACCGAUUUAUGGGUGACCUGGUGUGUAUGUUGGGGUACCGACCCUGUGUGAUGAUAAAGUGGUGCUGGUCAUUCAUCACUCCUCUGAUCUGCGUGGGAAUCUUCACCUUCCACCUGGUGAACUACCGGCCCCUGACGUACAACAAGACGUACACCUACCCCUGGUGGGGCGAGGCCAUCGGCUGGAGUCUUGCCCUGGCCUCCAUGCUCUGCAUCCCCACCACCGUCCUCUACAAACUCACCCAAAGCAGGGGCUCCCUGAAAGAGCGGUGGCGGGAGCUGACCAGGCCCGUGUGGGGGAACCAUCACCUGAUCUACCAGGCUGCCGAGGCAGACCUCAAGCAACCGUGCCAGGAGGCUUCCUCCUCCCACGAGAAGGUGGUCAUCUACGAGAGCGUGAUGUGAGUGCGCACCACUCACGGUGGCGGUCCCGCAUGGGACCCCCCCACUUCAACUCCAGUCUGGGGUCAGCCCAAGCACCCCAGGGACGGUCUUCCAGAACAUUCUGCUGGUGUGUGUGUGUGUGUGUGUGUGUGUGUGUGUGUGGUUUCGCAGGGGAGGGGGUAGGGGUGAAGGGUGGGAGGGGCUACUGACUUUGCGAAUGCCAUGACUGCAGAGGCCGUCUCAAAGGACAGUGGGUCUAUUAAUGAAGGGAUGCAAUUUCUAUGUAUCCACCCCACCCAGGGGGGAGGACACUGUGACCCUCUCUGAGUGGUGGGUGUGUACACCCACUGUCCUCUGGGAAUCUGUGAUCGGACGGGAGGUGGGGUGAGGUGAUGGUCGGUCCGAAUCUGAUAAAACCUGCACAGUGUGUCUGAUCUCCAACCACAACAGUUUCUGCUGAUUGCCAACCGAGCACUCCCCUCGGCGGAUUCUGCAGGCUGGGAUAAUUUUGGUGUCUUCCCCCUCCUCAACCCCACCCUUCAUCUCAAAGUGCCUCCUCCUGAACCUCAGGCCGAAUUAGUGUCCUCUGAUUAUUUAUUAUAUAACAUAUAAUUAAUAUGUUAAACUUUGGAAAAGACGCACUUCAUACCAACUGUCAGCUCCUUGCUGGUUCCACUUGGACAAUGCUCGCCCACCUCCUCGCACUCUGCAAACACAGUUCAAAUGGCACCCCGAGACCCACCCCCAGGCAGGAGAACAUUCUUCCAAAUUCCUCCUUGGAUUGAAUUGGGGACUGUGUAAAUCAGGGUAGAGAGACUGGAACCAUGUUCCUGCUGCUGGGAAUGGAGACAGGAACUGUGCACGGUGCUCCUGGUGAGGGUCUGACCCAGGGAUACGGAGACGGGAACUGUGCACAGUGUUCCCUGUGUGGGUCUGACCCAGGGAUACAGAGACAGGAACUGUGCACGGUGCUCCUGGUGAGGGUCUGAUCCAGGGAUACGGAGACGGGAACUGUGCACGGUGCUCCCGGUGUGGGUCUGACCCAGGGAUACGGAGACGGGAACUGUGCACGGUGCUCCCGGUGUGGGUCUGACCCAGGGAUACGGAGACGGGAACUGUGCACGGUGCUCCCGGUGUGGGUCUGACCCAGGGAUACGGAGACGGGAACUGUGCACGGUGCUCCCGGUGUGGGUCUGACCCAGGGAUACGGAGACGGGAACUGUGCACGGUGCUCCCGGUGUGGUCUGACCCAGUCUGUAGGGGGUGGAAUUGAACGAGAGUUUGUACAGAGUUAAUGGGGGAGGCGGGCCACCGCAGAAGUGCUCAUUGUGAUUGUGCCAAUAACAAUAGAAUUGAUUGUACAUCAGAGUGAUGUAAUCACUUUAAAAUAAGCACCUUAACAUGAUACUGUGAUUAACUGCACAAAUUAACUGUGUGGUUCCUAGAGCACAUCUGAGAUUUGUGAGUCUUCUGGAUUUUCAGUGUGUGAAUUGAAAUGAAUAAAAUCUUUUGUCAACUGGU